AAAUUCAAUGCCGUCUCGUUCUCUGCCCAAUUGUGCUUCUACAGUUCUAGAAAUGUAAGUAGGUAGGUAGGAACAUCUCAAGUUGAAAUUCGAGUCAGAGUUUGACUUGCGCGUUGAAAUGAUACUUAAGUUAUCGUAAGAUCCUUGGAGCUAGUUUAUGUGCAAAGAACACAGCUAAGAUAUUGAAUGCCAUUCAGCCAAUGAACCUGAACGUAGUGUUUCGUUUACAACGUUAGACUGUUGAAUCUUCGGAACAACCUUACAUUAAAGACGCCAAGGUCGUCACUUAGAAAUUUAUUUACUUUUCCGGGCAGUGAUAUAUAGUUCGAAUGUUUUUAAAACUCCCGAGUGAUUUUUGUUAAUAUAGAGUGGCAGGAAUGUUGUUUUGAUACGCUUUUUUGCAAAUUUACGAACAGAUUUAUGCUGGGAUGGAAAGUCGGACGAUGGUUUACACCUCCCCGCUGUUGUUUUGUUGUUGAUCUGCAACUACAUAAUGUUUUGAUGUACCAGUAUGGCUAUUUAUGGCCGUCUUCUACUUUUCAACUUCAUGGUACUCAUAACUGCAAUAAAUGCUUCUGCCGUACAAGAUUCUAGAUACAUCUCCUAUCAAGAUUUGCAACCACUAGUAAGCCGAUUUUCUAAGGAAAGUGUAACCUACUACUCACAGUUACUGUUCGAUGUAGCCCGCAACCAAGUUCUUGUCGGGGCCAGAGAUGCACUCUUCAGACUAUCGCUGCCGGCUUUAAAACUAUUAGAAGACGCAGCAUGGUUUGCGCCAGACGACAAGGUGUCAUUGUGCACGGACAAAGGCCAAUCUGAGAAAAAUUGUCACAACUACGUGAAAGUAUUACUUACGGAUGGGAAAAGGGUCUUAACUUGCGGAACGAACGCGUUUUCACCAAUCUGUUCGUGGCGAGGAGUGGAAAAUAUAUCGGACGAAUCGGAAACGCUGGAUGGUGUAGCAAAUUGUCCUUAUAAUCCCUCGGCAAACAUAACUGCGUUGAUAUCUGAUAGUGGUGACUACUUUUUUGCGGGACCAACCAAUUUUAUCGGUUCUGACGCUGCUAUCUACAGAGGCAUUGGAACACACAAUGCCAUUAGGACAAAACAGUAUAACAACAUGUGGUUGAACGAACCGCAAUUUGUGGGCUCUUUUGAAACCGAUCAAUUUGCAUAUUUCAUAUUCCGUGAACCGGUAGUGGAAUAUACCAACUGUGGAAAGAUUGUCUAUUCUCGAAUUGCAAAAGUAUGUAAGAAUGAUGUGGGAGGCCAAUCGGUUCUCAAAGAUAAUUGGACAACUUUCAUCAAGGCGAGACUAACAUGUUUUGCAGCAGGCGAAUAUCCUGCCUACUUCGAUGAAAUUCAAAGUACCACAUAUAUUCCAGAGCAAAACGUCCUAUACGCUACUUUUACGACUCCCAGCAAUGCAAUUGCUGGCUCUGCAAUAUGCGCUUUUAAUUUAACAUCAAUAAAUUCGGCUUUCGCGGGUCCCUUUAAAAACCAACAGCAUCGAGGUACUUCGUCUGAGUACUACAACACAUGUCAGCAACCAACCAAUAGAGAACACGAAGUCGAAGCUUCUAAAUAUCAACUCAAAGAGAACGCAGUGGAACCUACCACCCAAAAUCCGUUACACAUCGCUGAACUGGAGAGGUUUACACAUAUCACUGUGGAUGUGCUAGCUACAAAAUUGGAGAAGUAUGUCCAUGUAAUUUAUGUGGCCACUACCGCGGGCAUUAUUAAGAAGUUAACCGUAUUACCCGGACAUGAAAAAACGUGUAUAGUUGAAGUUUGGCAACCAGUAUUAAACGCCGAUGUACCAAUUUUAAAUAUACAGUACUUAAAAGAAACGAACUCUAUAUAUGUUGGAACAGAAGUUGAAUUGCUACGUGCACCAGCUCAUCACUGCGGCCGGCAUUUAUCAAGAGAAACUUGUUUCAAUGCCAUGGAUCCUUACUGUGGGUGGAACGAGCUUGAGGACACUUGUACGGCAGCUCCCAACUCCGAUCCGCAUACAAAACAUUGGAUUCAAAAUGAACUUUCAUGUCCCGUAUUAAAUGCUCCAGUGGAUGGAGGAUGGUCGAUUUGGUCGGAUUGGUCUCCUUGUAGUUUACAAAAUCCGCAGGAUCUUCGCUUGAUGGAUGAGUGUAUGUGCCAAACACGCUCUUGUAGCAAUCCUACCCCUAAAAAUGGCGGUAAAAAUUGUGCGGGAUAUUCGGUCGCGGUAACAAACUGCACGGUUCACGGUGAUUGGACCCCGUGGUCUGCAUGGUCGGCCUGUUCUGCAACGUGCGGUGUGGCUGCGAAAACCAGGCGACGAACUUGUUCCAAUCCUAAACCGGCGCAUGGUGGAAGAGUAUGUGUAGGUCAAGAUCUUGAUGAAGCACUAUGCUCAGAGAAUCCUCCUUGUCCGACGCGCACUAUUCCUCCUCAAGAUGGUCAUUGGGGCGAUUGGAGAAGUUGGUCUCCGUGUUCGGUACCAUGCGGGGGAGGCUUCCGCAAAAGGCAGAGGGUGUGUGAUAAUCCACCUCCUCAGUACGGAGGGCAGGAGUGCAUUGGUUGCAACAUCGAGUAUGAAAUAUGCAACUCACAUCAGUGCACCGAGCAAAAACGUGCUAGUCAAUCAACCCCAUGGUUUGUAGCAAACACAUCAAAGCACGAACAUGUGGAACAUCGGUAUAAAUACAGCUGUCGAGCACCAGUUCAAGAUUCUCAGCAGAUUAAGAUCAGCCUCGCUAAAGAACAGAGAGUUUGCAGAGACGGCUUUUGUUCAUCUAUUAAUAUCGACGAUACUCCCAAAUGGUCUAACUGGACACCGUGGAGCGAAUGUUCCGGUUCUUGCGGGGAAGGUUUACAAAUACGCUUAAGAACAUGCGAAGGUAAAGGCGAAUGUCAAGGAACAUCCGUUCAGACCAGGAAAUGUAAUUUACACAGCUGUAAACCACAGUGGAGUUGUUGGACUGAAUGGUCACAGUGCAGUGUGUCAUGUGGGAUAGGAAUGAGGAAACGUCGUCGAAAUUGCUUAGGGGUUGAUUGUCAGGGGGACUCUGUGCAGGAGGAAUCUUGUGAAGGACCACCAUGCACAUCACUUUUGGGUUGGGAUACCUGGACGAUUUGGUCGCUGUGCGAUGACAAUAAUGAGCAGCAUCGUCAACGAAAGUGCAGGACAACAAAUCCUGGACAGCAUUUAUGCCAAGGUCACACAAAGGAAACUAGAAUGUGCAUCUCUGAUAUAUCAAAUGAAAUCAGCCCUAUGGGUUUGGAAGUGGAAACAACAGCUGCAUCAACAGGUACCGUUAUUCUGUGCAUUUUAGGAGGGGUCGUUAUUGGUUUACUCUGUUCCGGUAUGAUGGCCUAUUUCUACUUCCGUAAGAGAAAACCACGGUUGCCGAGCUCUCCCCAUUAUAUUAGCGCUAAACAAAACCCCUACAUAACCGUACCUCUACAAGAAUUGCCUUCUAAGAGACAAGGAACUUCAUCAUCUCAUUCAAUACUAAAUAAUACGCAUCAUGGAUCUAUUAAAUCGAACAAGUGUUACGAUUACGAUACUGCAACUAUCAAACGCAACAGCCACAGCUUGAACAAUGGGCAUAUGAAAUCUGACAAUUGCUAUUAUGACUGAAAUGUUUUCAGAAAUUAUGGCGAUUUUCAGUAUGAUUCUCCAAAGUACCUGGAUUCAUAACUAUUUAUUUCACGUUUCAACUUUUAGAAUUUUAGCAUUCAUGAUCAUUUUAGAUUAAUAAUGUCGAACGUUUUCCUAUGAAAGUCAUUUGCUGACCGUUAACCAAAUACAUACUUAAUUAUUGUACAUACCUAAGUGAUUAAUACCUAUUUAUUUUGUAUUUUUACAAAGCGGUGUAACUCAAAUUGAGUAUUUUUAUUUUAUUGAUUGUUAAUUAUAUUUUUAUAUAAAUAUUAAAUUGUUAUUAACUGG